CACUUUCACAAAAGGGAACACUGGAAAAACAAAGAGAGAGAGAGAGACAUGGCCAGUGGAGGAGAAGCGACCUUCUCUGCGGCGGCGGCAAGAGGUACAGGUGGCAAACUGAAGCGGCAAACCGCGAGGAGACAUACGACAACGACGCCGUAUUCUCGACCUCCUCAGAACCAAGUACAACGGAGUAGGCCGUGGAUCUCGAGAAUCGUCGAUCCUGCUUACCGAGUUAUCUCCAGCGGCGCUACGAAACUACUUCCUUACUUCUUCUCCAGUGCUGCCUCUGCUCCUGCUCUUAGAGCUCCAGAAGAUGAAGAAGAUCAAGAUGAGUUGCAGGAUGAUUCACUGGAGAAUGAUUCCAGCGGUGUAACACCAAGUUCAAAUAAACAGAAGUCAGCAUCAGUUGAAGAGGGAGGUACUAGUAGGACAGUAAACAUCAAAGAAAGCAAUUUCAAUACGAGUGCACAAGCAAUAAGCAACGGAGCAAAAAAUGGUGUUGAUGCGAUCUCGGAGCUUGAGAGGCUAAUGGAAGGAAAAACGUUUUCACGGGCCGAAACUGAUCGUCUUAUAGAGAUAAUAAGUUCAAGGGCUAUUGAUCUGCCUCAAGUCAAGAGAGAAGAGAAAAUGGAGAUCCCUCUGAGGGAAGUAGCGAAGAAAAAUGUGAGUUUUCUUGAUCAGAAAGAAGAUACCAUUGGUGACAAGGAUGCUAGUAACGAUAUUUGGGCUUCACCAAUUGCACUUGCCAAGUCUGUAACUUUUGAAGAAGCCAAACAUGUGCGGGAUGAAGCUGGUCUAUCACCAGCAGAACUUGCUAAGGCAUAUAUGGGAGGCCAGGCAACAUCAAGUAGUUCCCAAGAUUUUGUAGCAAGAAAUGAAAAGAACUGUCUAGACCGGGGUAUGCUUGUAGCAAAUUCUUCAGGUGCAUCACCAUCAUGCAAGCCUUCUGCUUGUUGGCCUGGUGUCAAGUUAAAUGAGCAAUCUGGUUUUGCAACUCCUCAAAGUCAACGAGACAACUUUGGGAUCCGAAGUUUUCCAAGGACCCCAUAUCCUAGAUCCAUCCUUUCAGGUUCUAAGUCACAGCUGAUGCAAUUGCAAGACAAUAGUAGCAAGCGUCUGAGCACCCUCCAGUCUCCCUCCCAAAGUGUGCAGACAAGAUAUGGCCAGCUCAAACAUAGCAAGGGAAGUGAUGGUGGACUUUUUGGACCCAGUAGAAGAUCUCGUCAGAGCGCCACCAUGUCUCCUUAUUCACGACCUUCCAGGGGUCGUUUCGAAAAUUCUGCUAACAUGAAGAGCUCUGAAGCAGGGGAAUCAAGUAACCUAUCUAUGUCCCAGAAAACAACAUAUGGUAAGCAUAUAGGGUUGGAAGCUGGUACACCGACUGUUCCUAGACAUUCUAGUCAGAUUGCUAGGACGAUAUUGGAUCACCUUGAACGGACCCAACCCACCCCGAAAGAUAAAUCUGCUGAGUUAAAACUUGCCACUUCUUGGAGAUUUCCACAGUCCUCAAAAACUGUUGAACAAAGCAUCUCGAACAUCAACAAUGUGAAAAAGGAUGGCCCUGCCAAGGUGAAUGGAGAUAUCCCUAAAUUUUUCUCUCACAAUCCACCAACUUCUGUGCCGAAACUAUCUGAAGUUACCACCGGUGACAUUCCAAAUGCAAUGGCCAGGACCGCUUCAGCAUCAAAUGGAAUAUUGAGUGGAAGUAGUAGUGGUACCACACUCCAGUAUGAGUUAGGGAAGCCUAAGAGCUCUCUCUCCGGAAGCACACAUGAUAAGUUGUUUGCUUCUUCUCAAGACGGUGCAAAAGCUGUUUCCUAUUCUUUUGGAGGCGAGACCGCUAAUCUUCCCAAGCCACCAUCCCAUUCACUGGGAAAUAACAAACGGUCACUUUCAUCGAUCUCAGUAGAGAAGCCUACUUACCAAAGAUGGGCAGCCCCUUCGGGUUCAAACUCUAGCUUCACAUUCCCUGUCUCUUCUUCAUCUGAUGGAGCAACAUCAUCAGAGCCUACAACUCCAUCAAUCAUGCCAUUCACAACAACUCCAAAUGCUGGUGUUCCAAAUACAAGUCAGCAUGAAGCAACAAAAGAUGAUGAGAUUCCUCAGUUUCGUUUCGGGGGUAACAGAAGAGGAGAUGAUGAUAAGCUGCCUCUGGUCUUCGCCUUCCCCUCUGUGAGCGAAGAAGUGAACAAUGAGGAGAAGUUGGGAGAUAUCAAGUUCACAUUUGGGUCGAAAAAGGCAGAGAGAAUAUCGUUCAGCUCACCAGGAAGUGAUGAUAAACGUGCCACGUCGGAUCGUCAACGCUUUAAUGACCACAUUAUUCUAGAAGAAGCAAAGGAUUUGUUCUCUCCUCAUCCACAAUGGAGAAAGAAGAAGACACGAUUCAUGUUUCAUUUCAAUCCCAACACAAAAUUCGCUUUCUUUCUUCGCGCAAUAUCUUCUUCAGACAACAACGAUGGCUCAGUUUCAUCCUCCAGACAAAACAACCGACAAAUGGGUUAUGAUCCUUCAGAGGAAUUGUUUGGUGUUGACUUCAAGCCCAGGAAUGUAUCUGGUGACUCUCGUGAACCAAGGUCAUGGUUUGGUCCCAACGGUCAGUACAUUAGAGAGCUUCCUUGUCCUACCUGUAGAGGAAGAGGUUACACCUCAUGCCCAGAUUGUGGCAUCGAGAGGGCAAGGCUGGAUUGCCCUCAGUGCAAAGGAAAGGGCAUUAUGACUUGUCUGAGAUGUUUAGGAGAUUGUGUAAUAUGGGAAGAAUCAAUCGAUGAACGACCUUGGGAGAAAGCUAGAUCCAGCUCUCCAUUUCGAGUAAAGGAGGAUGAUGAGGUUGAUAAUUUGGAGAUAAAGUUCAGUCCAAGGGGGAAGUCCAAGCGGAUUUACCAGUCACCUCCUCCUGAAGUUGGACAGAAGAUUAGCCGGUCUCUUAAAAGUCUCAAUGCCAAGACUGGACUGUUUAGUAACAGAAUGAAGAUUAUACAUCGCGAUCCUGUGCUUCAUGCUCAAAGGGUAGCUUCAAUUAAGAAAGCUAAAGGAACACCAGCUGCUAGGAAGCAUGCAUCCGAAACCAUGAAAACCUUUUUUAGUAACCCUGAAAACCGUGAACAGAGGAGCUUAUCCAUGAAAGGAAUUAAGUUUUACUGCAAGAACUGCGGACAGGAAGGCCAUAGGCGUCAUUACUGUCCCGAACUGGACAGUAAGGCAGACAGAAGAUUUAGAUGUCGAGUUUGUGGAGGGAAAGGCCACAAUCGAAGAACCUGUCCUAAGUCGAAAUCAAUGGUCACUAAAGGAAUUUCUACAAGGUAUCACCGAUGUGGGAUAUGCGGUGAGAGCGGUCACAACAGUAGAACAUGCCAGAAGCUGACUAGAGUGAAAACCACUGACACUGAGGGUGGUGGUGGUGACGAAGGUGUUGGUAAGAGAGUGUAUGCUUGUGGGUUCUGCAAGAAAAAAGGACAUAAUGUAAGAACCUGUCCAAGUCAAGGAGUUUCAGAAGUGAUUCUUGCUUAG